UUACCCGCUCUCCUUCACCAUUUAUACACUCGCUCAGCUCAGCUUCUCUGUAUCCUAAGUCUCAAAACCAAAAACGCCAACCCCCUCUCUCUCCCUCUCUCUCCCCUUAUAUACAAAAUCUUGCUGUUUCUCUUUGCUGAGGGUCGACCAUGGUGAAGGACGUGACAGAACAAGGAUCAUUCCCAGCGAAGGACUACCAUGACCCACCACCAGCACCAUUGAUUGAUGCGGUGGAGCUAACCAAGUGGUCAUUUUACAGGGCCUUGAUUGCUGAAUUUAUAGCAACUUUGCUCUUUCUUUACAUCACUGUUUUGACUGUGAUUGGAUACAAAAGCCAGACUGAUCCUGCAAAGAAUGCUGACUCUUGUGGUGGUGUUGGAAUUCUUGGCAUCGCUUGGGCCUUUGGUGGCAUGAUCUUUAUUCUUGUUUACUGCACUGCUGGUAUUUCAGGAGGGCACAUUAACCCAGCAGUGACAUUCGGGUUGUUCCUGGCCCGAAAGGUCUCACUGGUACGGGCCGUCAUGUACAUGGUGGCCCAGUGCUUGGGAGCCAUAGCCGGUGUCGGAUUGGUGAAGGCCUUCCAGAGUUCCUUCUAUAAGAGGUAUGGUGGUGGGGCCAACAGUCUGGCUGCUGGGUACAGCAAAGGCGUUGGAUUGGGUGCCGAGAUCAUCGGGACUUUUGUUUUGGUCUACACAGUGUUUUCCGCCACAGAUCCGAAGAGGAAUGCCAGAGACUCCCAUGUGCCUGUUUUGGCUCCACUCCCAAUUGGAUUUGCUGUAUUCAUGGUUCACUUGGCCACCAUUCCAAUCACUGGAACCGGCAUCAACCCAGCCAGGAGUCUAGGAGCUGCUGUUAUCUACAAUCAGGACAAGCCCUGGGAUGAUCAUUGGAUCUUUUGGGUUGGACCCUUCAUUGGUGCAGCCAUCGCAGCCUUCUAUCACCAAUUCAUCUUGAGGGCAGGAGCUGUGAAGGCUCUUGGGUCAUUCAGGAGCAACCCAACUGUUUAAGGGAAGAAAUAAUUUUUCUAAACUAAUAAUGAAGGAAAAGCAUGUGCUGGUUGGUUUCAUUAUUAGCCCUUCUGGUGUGUUCUUUGUUGUUGGGGGGGUUGAAAAUGUGAGAAGAGAGGCUUGAAAGAAUUAUGGAAUUUGUAGAUAUAAAAGCCUCUUUGAAAAUGGGAGGCUUUUGGUUAUCCCUUUUUUAUUUGUUUUGUUUGAGUUCACUUAGCAAUGUUAUGAUGGUUUUCUUGGUUGGUUCA